UCAAGUUUGGCAUUCAACAGAGAGGGAUUGCUAUUUGGAAAGGACCUUCUGAGCGGCAGUUGUCCGCCUGAACUCGUGCUUUUUUGUAUAUUUAUGUUGCCUUUUUGUGCAUAAUUUUAUUCUACAAACCAAGAGACUAACUAUUGUGAUAAUAAAACGAUCAAACUGUGAUUUCUGUGAAGGAUUUAUAGCAUUAAGCUAAAUUGCCUUUUACUACAACCGCAAUACGCUUCAUUUACAAAGAUGGUGCGCACGAAAGUAUCACGAAACACUGCAUCGAAGCGAAACCGUACCAGCCACCAAGAAGAGCGCUACAUUAACAUUGUGCGUGAGUUCGAGAUUUUAUUUGAAACAUACAACACAUCACUCGAUGCAAAGCAGGACGCAGACUUGGAAAAGCUUAAUUAUCUGGCGAGCACAAUGAAAAGUCGUAUACCGAAGGAAAUGCUCCAAAUGACGAUGGGUGAUUUGCGAAAGACCGGUUGUAACCUGUUUGUGGAUGUACUAAACAUGGGUUCAGCGAUCGAGGAUAUGGCAAAUGGGAGCAACUGUAGUCAGCUCUCUAUCGGGUCGGCAGGUGGGCCAACAAGUUUGCAAAAAUCGUACCGAACCGACGAAGGAUAUCUAACGGAGGAAAAUGCUAAACAAUCGCUCGACGUAAUGGCAUCGGCUAAACCAUCGAAACGUCCAAUUGGGCCGCUAGAUUCAGCAAUGAAGAAAUCACGCCGUCGAAGUAAGUCUGUCUCGGGCCAUACCAUCACACCUUGCAAGCCGGCCCAAUCGUCAAUGUUGUUCGGGGUGAAAUCGACGAAAGCUGAUGUGCGUAUGCCGGGUAAGGGUUUAUUCCUGGGACAGUCAGAACGUUUUUCACGUCCCAAGUUUCGUACACCGAUGGCGGAAGUUAACAAGAAGGGUCGCACACAAGCGGUCAGUACCGAUCGGGGCAUGAGUCAGAUCACGCUAAAGGUUGAACCAAACACACCACUGGCUUUCAUACGCUAUCCGAGAGCGGACGAGAAUGUUUACUCGCUUACCGGCAGUCCGGUCGUGAAUGAGGCCAUGACGAGACACAUGGCGAAUGUAAACAUUCCGGUGUCCAAUGGGGUGCUCUCGUUGCAACCAACCGAUCUGGAGGAUGUAGAUACGAAGUUUUUACCCAAAAUCGAUUACGCCACGCUGGAGCAUCUGAAGAAACUGCAGGCAAACUUGAACAAAAUCAUGCAGUACGCAGAAGAAUGCAAUUUUCACAUCAAGAAAUGAUACCAAAGGAAUAGCAAAGAAAACUCAUGUCAAUUUGUGAAUAAGAGUAUUAAAUGUUUUUUUUGUUGUUUGUGAUUUGUUCUUAUCCGUAAAGUUUAAUAUUGCAAUGCUAAAAUAAAUGAUUUCUAUCCUGGCUAUCCUUAGGAAA